AUGAUGUUGCAAGUGGUCACUUACACUACAGUAAAGCUUGUUAUAUACCUUCAGUUGAUGUCAAAUUUACCCCAGCGAAUGGAUCCUCAGGAGUAUAGAACGCUCGCCAACAGUUACUGCACCGUAAGACGCACUAACAAGUUCUGUUCGAGAAUAUGGACCGAUAUGGUCAAAGAGCAGACUGCCAAUUGGUACGUGCCGACUCCAGUAUACAAUGGCACGUUUUCCCCCCUGGGACCUCCCCCCGCCAUACCUGCUACCCCACCUUACCCACCUCCGUCAAUGCUCAACUACUUGCCUCAGCCAGCCUUCAAUCCCAUUUUGAUGCAUCCUCAGGGUACGUGCCGACUCCAGUAUACAAUGGCUGUUUUCCCCCCUGGGACCUCCCCCGCCAUACCUGCUACCCCACCUUACCCACCCCCCGGCAAUGCUCAACUACUUGCCUCAGCCAGCCUUCAAUCCCAUUUUGAUGCAACCUCAGGGUACGUGCCGACUCCAUUAUACAAUGGCAUGUUUUCCCCCCUGGGACCUCCCCCCGCCAUACCUGCUACCCCACCUUACCCACCCCCGUCAAUGCUCAACUACUUGCCUCAGCCAGCCUUCAAUCCCAUUGCGAUGCAUCCUCCGGGGUUGGUAGUUAGUAUUGUCCCUGGAGCUGGCUCAGUAGUCGUUCUGAUUGGUAGCAAGUACGGUAGUUAUUGUGUCUAA